AUGGCCGAGCCGCCGGCGGCGCCGGGCCCCGAGGGCGAGGAGGGCCCGGUGCGCUUCGCCCGCAAGGGCGCCCUGCGGCAGAAGAACGUGCACGAGGUGAAGAACCACAAGUUCACGGCGCGCUUCUUCAAGCAGCCCACCUUCUGCAGCCACUGCACCGACUUCAUCUGGGGCUUCGGGAAGCAGGGCUUCCAGUGUCAAGUUUGCUGCUUCGUUGUGCACAAGCGGUGCCAUGAGUUCGUUACCUUCUCCUGCCCCGGCGCCGAUAAAGGCCCUGCUUCUGAUGAUCCUCGGAGCAAACACAAAUUUAAGAUCCACACAUAUUCCAGUCCCACCUUCUGUGACCACUGCGGGUCGUUGCUGUACGGGCUCAUCCACCAGGGGAUGAAAUGCGACACCUGCAUGAUGAACGUGCACAAGCGCUGCGUGAUGAACGUCCCGAGUUUGUGCGGAACGGACCACACCGAGCGUCGGGGCCGGAUAUUCAUCAGGGCUGACAUCGAGAAAGACGUUCUGACCGUCGUAGUAAGAGAUGCUAAAAACUUAGUUCCUAUGGAUCCUAAUGGCUUGUCAGAUCCCUACGUGAAACUUAAGCUAAUCCCUGACCCCAAAAAUGAAAGCAAACAGAAGACCAAAACUAUAAAAUGCUCCCUGAAUCCUGAGUGGAACGAGACAUUUAAAUUCCAGCUGAAGGAGGCGGACAAGGACCGGCGGUUGUCCGUGGAGAUCUGGGACUGGGACCUGACCAGCAGGAACGAUUUCAUGGGCUCCUUGUCCUUCGGGAUAUCCGAACUGCAGAAGGCGGGAGUGGAUGGAUGGUUUAAGCUGCUGAGCCAGGAGGAAGGAGAGUAUUUCAACGUCCCGGUGCCCCCCGAGGGAGAAGAAGGAAACGAGGAGCUGAGGCAGAAGUUUGAGAGAGCCAAGAUCGGUCCAGGAUCCAAGGCUGCCGAUGAGAAGACGACAAAUGCGAUUUCUAAAUUCGAUAACAACGGAAGCAGAGAUCGGAUGAAACUCUCAGAUUUCAAUUUCCUGAUGGUGCUGGGAAAAGGAAGCUUUGGAAAGGUCAUGCUGGCGGAGAGGAAGGGCACGGACGAGCUCUACGCCGUGAAGAUCUUGAAGAAGGACGUCGUCAUCCAGGACGACGACGUGGAGUGCACCAUGGUCGAAAAGCGCGUCCUGGCCCUCUCGGGGAAGCCGCCGUUCCUGACGCAGCUUCACUCCUGCUUUCAGACGAUGGAUCGCUUGUACUUCGUGAUGGAGUACGUGAACGGCGGGGACUUGAUGUACCAGAUCCAGCAGGUUGGGAGGUUCAAAGAGCCGCACGCCGUAUUCUAUGCAGCUGAAAUAGCCAUUGGCCUCUUCUUCCUGCAAAGCAAGGGCAUCAUUUACCGAGACCUGAAGCUGGACAAUGUGAUGCUGGAUAGCGAAGGGCACAUAAAGAUCGCAGACUUCGGCAUGUGCAAGGAGAACAUCUGGGACGGGGUGACCACCAAGACCUUCUGUGGCACCCCAGACUACAUUGCGCCUGAGAUAAUUGCUUAUCAGCCCUAUGGGAAGUCAGUGGAUUGGUGGGCAUUUGGAGUCCUGCUCUAUGAAAUGUUAGCCGGCCAGGCUCCCUUUGAGGGCGAAGAUGAAGAUGAGCUCUUCCAGUCCAUUAUGGAGCACAACGUGGCCUAUCCCAAGUCCAUGUCCAAGGAGGCAGUGGCAAUCUGCAAGGGGCUCAUGACCAAGCACCCGGCCAAGCGGCUGGGCUGCGGCCCGGAAGGCGAGCGGGACAUCAAGGAGCACGCGUUCUUCCGGUAUAUCGACUGGGAUAAGCUCGAGCGCAAGGAGAUUCAGCCUCCCUUCAAGCCCAAGGCUUGUGGACGCAGUGCUGAAAACUUCGACCGGUUUUUCACUCGCCAUCCACCCGUCUUAACACCUCCCGACCAGGAAGUCAUCAGGAACAUUGACCAGUCAGAAUUCGAAGGAUUUUCCUUUGUUAACUCUGAGUUUUUUAAACUUGAAGUCAAGAGCUAAGUAGCUGUGUAGAUCUCAUUCCUGCAUCGUUAUCAUCCAGUCCCAACUGCUGUUGUGGUGACAUUUUCCAUUGCAAAAGUUGCAUUCAUGGUUUUUCUUUAGUAAUAAUACUAGAGUGACCAUAUUUCAAAGCCAGAAGUGUCUUCACAUAAUUUGGGGCAUGCCUGAAUGGUAGGUGAUACGCAGUAAGUACCGCAAACAUGUUUUUAUCACAUUUCAUUUGUUGGAAAUGAAAGCAAUUUAUUGGCUAACAGAGAUUAACUGGAGAGUGUGUCUGAGAGCACUCAGGUCCAGGCUGGACAAUUAGGAGAAAUCUCUGAAGCACGUGCUUUGAUUCCUGCUCUUACCUUUUUCUAGUCUUUUAAUAUAAUCAUGAACGUUGCACCUGUAGCCUUCUUUGCGUAGUGGCAAGCAGGUGAUUUUUAUUAAACUUUUCCUUAUAAAGUAAAUGUGCAUCCUGCAGUGCGGGGGCUUCUAAAAUUAAGCAGUUUUCCGGAGACUUGAAAUACAGAUCCGUGCUUCUUGCGUAGCUCUAAUAACGUAUAGCCUGUUUAAAGCCACUACGGAGCCUCACGCCUCCUCGAGGCUUGGGCUGCCUCGUAUUGGGUCGGGGCAGCUUCUCCCCGUCGCGUCGUUCGGGGCAGUAAUAAGUUAUUAGGAAGCCGCAUCUGCGGUUUACAUGCAUUUCUCCUGAUUGUGCAGUUUCUGAGUAACGUUUUCACAUACCCGGUUAUAAGCAGGAAAUUUGAAAGAACUGUUGUAAAUGCUUUCAAAUCCAUGGUCACCCUAGUAAACAUCACACAACAUUGUUUCUCAUAUCAAAACUUUCUUUUUUUCAAAUGCCAAAGCAACUGGGUUUGUAACUUGCGCUUUAAAUGUGUCAAAAAUGGUAUUAACACAAA